AUGGAUGAACUACCUGCUAUUCAGUUAUCCGAUCUAAAUGAAUUUAUAACAUGUAAAUUAUGUAAAGGUUAUUUAAUUGAUGCUGUUUCGAUAACUGAAUGUCUUCACCCAUUCUGUAAAUCUUGUAUAGUUAAGUAUUCAGAAGAAAAACGCGAAUGUCCUGUUUGCGGGAUUCUCAUCCAUCAAAGUCACCCAUUAAAUUAUAUGAGUUUUGAUCGUACUCUUCAAGAUAUUGUUUAUAAAAUUGUACCAGAUUUAAAACAAAAAGAGAGACAACGUCGUGAGGUCUUCUAUAGAUCUCUUGGAAAAACUCCACCUCCCUCAGAAGACUUAGGCAAAGAAACUCAUGUAUUAGUCAGUAAAGAGAAUAUCACAGGUGCAGUUCCAUCUGAUUCUGACGGAUUAACUUCCAAUUUUGAUUCGGAUUAUCAUCGUAAAGAUGAACAAGUCAAUAUACAACUUGAACCGGGAUCUGAUAAUCUGGAACCAUUAACUGAGAAAUAUCUACGACUUUCAUCGAGGGCUACAGUGACACACUUACGAAAAUAUGUUGCUCAACAAGUUCUUCAUGAUAUAUCUAAGUUUCAUGAAAUUGAUAUUUUUAUACAAAAUAAUGAAGAUGGUACUUUUCUUGGUCGCGAUCAUGUAUUGAAAUUUGUUCGUGUUGUUUAUUGGAAUGAUGUCGAACCGAUGCCACUGCAAUAUCGUUACAGCAGAAUGAUUUACUAA